AAGCAUACAUUACAAGCCAUCUGCUUACAGAGGAAGACCGCAAAGCUCGACUCAUCCUCUACAAUAAUGGCAAGCAAUCAGCCGACAGAAAAUACAGAGCAGGCGGCCGCCCCGGUCGCGCAUGCGAAUGGCAUGCAGACGAGCGAAACCUCUGGGGUUGCCGCGAACCUCCCCACCCCUACCAUCCCGGAGCCCAGGCUGCCGACGCGCAAGGACGCAUCGCUCAAGGAGUUUCUCAACAAGAUGGACGACUACGCGCCGAUUAUUCCCGACGCAGUCACCAAUUACUACAUGACGCGCGCCGGCCUCCCGCCGCCCCCGCAGACCGACCAGCGCCUGGCGCGACUGCUCGCCCUGGCGACGCAAAAGUUCAUUGCUGACAUUGCGGCCGAUGCGUACCAGUACAGCCGGAUCCGCGCGAGCAAUACCAGUGCCAACAACCCGAUGGGCAACCUCGGUGCGGCCGCGGGUUUCCCGAUUCCCGGGCAGCCGGCCGGCCAGCCCGGCAGCAAAGAACAGGGUCGCGGUGGCCCGCUGGGUAUCCAGCGGCCCGGGUACGGCGGCGGUGGGCAAGGCGGCAGCCAGAACCGCACGGUACUGACCAUGGAAGAUCUCGGAAUGGCCGUGGGCGAGUUCGGCGUCAAUGUGAAGCGGAGCGAAUUCUACCGCUGAUGGAGGAUUCCACGUCUCAAUUGGCUGUCUUUGUGGCACCAUCGUCACUUUCUGCCCGCCGGGGGGGGGGGGGUGUAGGCCUGUCUGCUAUGCUUUGUUUGGUUUCAGUUUCACAGAGGUCCCCUCGAGGAGA